GAUUUCUUCUGCUUUUGUGCCCAUGAAUCAGCAAAAAGGGGGAAGAGGAAGAAGAGCUGGCUGUGGACAGUCCUUGCUGCUGUGCUGGCAGCUCUGGAUGGUGCCAGCAUUGGUGACGGUGUCAUUGCCUCCGAGAAGGGGGGACUGGCAGCCAGCAGGCACUUGGACAUUUUGUGAUAGCCAGAGUGGCUGUUAUCUCGAGAGCUGAAGGCCAGAUGUGAGCUUGGCAGAGCUUCUUGAUCAAGUCCUGUUUUGAGCUGGUUGCUUGUUAAUUCCAAAGGUCGUGUUGAUCAUGGACAGUGAAGAAAUCCCUACUUUUUCGAGUCCAAAGGAGGAAACUGCCUACUGGAAAGAGCUUUCCUUGAAGUACAAGCAAAGCUUCCAGGAGGCUCGUGAAGAGCUGGCUGAAUUCCAGGAGGGAAGCAGGGAAUUAGAAGCUGAGUUGGAGGCACAGCUAGUGCAAGCUGAGCAGAGGAACAGAGAUUUGCAAGCAGAUAACCAAAGACUGAAAUAUGAAGUGGAAACAUUAAAGGAGAAACUGGAGCACCAGUAUGCCCAGAGUUACAAGCAGGUGUCGUUGUUGGAGGAUGACCUGAGCCAGACAAGGGCCAUCAAAGAUCAGCUGCACAAAUAUGUGAGGGAGCUGGAGCAGGCCAACGAUGACCUGGAACGUGCCAAGAGGGCAACAAUAGUUUCAUUGGAAGACUUUGAACAAAGGCUGAACCAAGCUAUUGAGAGAAAUGCAUUUUUAGAAAGUGAACUGGAUGACAAGGAGUCAUUGCUGGUCUCUGUACAGAGAUUAAAGGAUGAAGCAAGAGACCUGCGGCAGGAGCUGGCUGUGAGGGAAAGGCAGCAGGAGGUGACAAGGAAAUCAGCACCCAGCUCCCCCACUCUGGACUGUGAGAAGAUGGAUUCAGCUGUCCAGGCCUCUCUCUCCUUGCCAGCUACACCCGUUGGAAAAGGAUCAGAAAAUAGUUUUCCUUCCCCAAAAGCUAUACCAAAUGGGUUUGGUACCAGCCCACUCACUCCCUCAGCUCGAAUAUCUGCACUCAACAUCGUGGGAGAUCUGCUACGCAAAGUGGGGGCCUUAGAAUCCAAACUAGCUGCUUGCAGGAAUUUUGCGAAGGACCAGGCAUCACGGAAAUCCUACAUUUCAGGGAACGUCGGCAGCGCCGUGCUGAGCAGCAACGGCACAAAGUACCCAGGGCACACGUCCUUCUUUGACAAGGGGGCAGUGAACGGCUUUGACCAAGGGCCCCCCGGCCUGGGGGGCUCCCGACCGUCCUCGGCGCCGGGAAUGCUCCCCCUGAGCGUAUGAGCCCGCAGGGGCUUGGACUCGGAUGCUUUUCUCAGCCCAGCUCGAGAAGAACUGCUCCUGAUUCCUCCCCCUUCCCACUGGAACAUGACCCCGAGAGGAGACCCCGAGCCCACGGCCCUCCAUGUCCUGUCAAUACAGUUUGUUUUCUGCUGUCGCUGUAGUGGACGUUCUCUGCCCCGGCCCCACCAGCUGCCACCCUCUGCUGUGCUUGGGGACACCGAGUCCUGCUCUGCUUGGGGACACCGAGUCCUGCUGUGCUUGGGGACAGGCAAGUUUGGGGACACAGAGUCCUGCUCUAUUUGGGGACAGGCAGGUCUGGGGACACCGAGUCCUGCUCUGUCUGGGGGACAGGCAAGUCUGGGGACACCAAGUCCUACUGUGCUUGGGACACAGAGUCCUGCUCUGUUUGGGGACAGGCAAGUCUGGGGACACCGAGUCCUGCUCUGUUUGGGGGACAGACAAGUUUGGGGACACCAAGUCCUGCUGUGCCUGGGGACAGGCCCAGCCUCGCCCCCUUGGCUUUCCCUCUCCUCUCAGUGUGACAGAGCCUUGGCUGCUCCUCUGACAGCUCCCCUGUCCCUGUCCCUGUCCCUGCCAGGCCCUGCAGCUGCUGCUCUCAGACCUCUGGAAGUGCCCUGGGCUGGCCAGCGGUGGCCCUGGGGCCGUUGGCACUCGGGAGCCAGCCCCAGGUGCUGUCUCAGGGGCAGCUGCACCCGGGGCACUCAGAGCAGGGCUGGGUGAGCAGCUCCAGCCUGGCCAGGCCGGCUCCAUCCCCGCUGGACAGCUGGACACACACACAGAGCCAGGCUCUGUGCCCAUCCCAGCCCCCAAAUGCCUUGGCAGGGCCUGGCAUGGCUGAGAUGCUCUCCCUGGGGCCCUGCCCUGGUGCAGGAUGGCAGUGCUGUGUCCAGGGGCUCAGGUGUCCCCAGGGCUGCCCCUCAGCUCCCUGGCCUCUGUCCCUCACCCCACACACAGCGACCCCAUGGGAGCUUUAGGAAGCUGCUGCUCCCCCUGGCCCCAGGAGCCCCCUGCCCAUCACCCCUGUGCUGUAGGACUGGACUGUGCAGCCUCACCUGCUGCCUGCUGUGACAGUUUGGGGCCACUGAACCUUGUGGGUCUUUCAAGCGACACAUUUGUGUGGUUUCUCUGUCCAUGUGCCUCAGAGUCAGUGGAUUUUUAUUCUGAACCAGCAAAUGGAGCCAGGGUUGGAGCUGAGGGUUCAGCAGUUGUUGGUCAGGGGCUCUGCAGUUCCCAGGUGGUUGAGUUACAGAUGCUGAGAAAAAAACCCCACUGGCCCAGCAGUGGAGGUGGGAUUGUCCCUUUGCCAUUAGGGUUUGUAUGGUCCUUCCUUCCUGUGCAUCCUCUGCUGCAUUUGACUGUUUACAUUUGUUUUAUUGUACAUAGAUUUGUAAACAUAAUACCUUUGCCUGAGGUCUUUGUACAUAACUUGGGCUUUGUAGCUUUAUUUAUUCAGCCUCUCUCUGGCAUGUUUCCAUAGGAUGUACCGUUCCACCCUGGUGCCACUGACAUGAUGUGGUUUCGAAAGAAUGAAAACAAAUGAGAGUAAUCUUCCAAAAAUAAAGUUCUUUUAAUGUGGAA